UCAAAAAAACAAAACUUAGGAACAGUAGAACGGGACUCUUCAGUAAAAAAGGAUGCAGCAGAGCGGUUGUCCGCAAUAACACUCCUAAAUAAUCAAUUGUCAUCACAACGUGAUCAAACUACAUUCUUUUUCACCCGGUUCACCAUGGCACUGUCAUCCUCUCGAGUAAUUCUAAAAAUCCGUCAGCAAGUCGACGUGGUCCAAAAGCGAUUCCGUGGAAAAAUAAAUAUCACCAAGCCUAAAAAAUUGCACUACACUCGUGCAGUAAUGCACCAAUUCGUGACACCAUUCUACCCGGUGACACGUCCACCGACACCAAUCUGGGAGCUCUGUGAGAACGCCAACAAGAAAAAUAAAGCCUUGGAAGCUCCGCAUCCUUACGACCAGAUUAUCGCCAGAGAAUGUUUGAACUACUACAACAAUUCCCGUAUGAUCGCAUUUCUCCACAUGAACCCCACCAAGGCGAGAGACGAGCUCGAUAUGAGAAUCCAGCUUCGCAGAUCUAAUAUGUACCUCAAGUAUUACGGAAAGUCUAUCUACAAACUGGCGCUGGAGAACUCAAGGUUUGAAGCAGUGAUGCCUCUGUUCUGCUCUCCAGCAAGAAUUGUUUUCAGUGCGGAGCCUAAUGUGCCUGCUUUGAUGAAAAUUUUAAAGCAGAAUCCGCACAUGAUUCUUAUGGCCGGUAUCCUGGACGGAGUCCUCUUGAACAUCAAGGACUUUAUGAAGUACGGGUCCAUGAACCUUGAUCUGGAACGCGCAAAAUUAGUCCAGACUAUCCAGACAGCAGCAGGCUCGAAUCUUUGUCGACAAUUAAACCAUCAUCCUUCAACUUUAGUCUCGCGAUUAGAAGCAAUCGCUAAUAAGGAUAAGGAUAACUGAUAAUCUCAUAAUCUUUAUAAUUCUUCUUAAUUAUCAAUUAAUUAAUAACAAUAAAAUUUGUUCACGUUAAAAAAUUA